UUUUUGUUUUGUUUUAUUAUUUCAAUUUUAGUUUACGAUCAAAUAUGCUACAUAUCAUUUAAGUAUUUUUCUUUCGGCAUGAAAUCACCCUUUCUAUUAUUUCUGAACAAAGAGAGAUAAUCUAUAUUGAUCCGGGAUUCUUUAUCUCGCAGUCAUUUGUAUUUUUAUCGCUCGCACUUAGAUUCCGGUUAAUCGAUGCGUUUUUUUGUAAACACAUUGCCCAUCGUGAUCAUAUCCCAUGUCCGACUAUGAUGAUCUAUAGAGCGAUGGAUGAUUCUGUGUUUGAGGAGGAGGGCUUGAUAUAUUUCCUGUUAUUACUGCCCAGCACCCUCAUUGUCCUGGUGGCCUGCCUCAUUGUCAGAUGGCUGGGUCUCAAGUUUUUCCAGCACAAUUAGAAGUCGGCCAUUAUGACGAUGUAGUACACCUCCUUAACUUAACAGUACAUGUCCAUUUACAAUAGUGUCAGUCUUAAAGAUGCUGGGAAAUUUACCACAGACAGUCAGCAAAAUAUUUCAAAGAACAUCCCGUAGAUAUUGUACCAGUGUAAAAAUACCUCUUAGUGACAGAUGGAGGACAGACAAAAAUAUCAUCAUAAACACAUUCGCUCGUAAGAAGAUGGUAGCAGACAGAUACGGCAUAGAGGGAAAAUCCGCUGAUAAAUCUGCGACACAUGUAUCUAUGAAUCCACCUCGUAAAUUUCACGUCCCGAAAGCUGAAAAUGAGACAUUUUUGCAAGAAUACUCCAGGAGUAUUGUCGAUGGUCAGUACAUGACAAUGUUAGAAAUUCCUACAGUGUGUUCGCCUCUUCGAGUUGAUAUUGAUGUGGAGAAACUGGAUUCCUCUUCAGUGGUCCUCGGUGAAGAGUACAUCGAGCGUGUAAUGGGUCUUUAUGCAGAAGAAAGUCUAAAAUAUUUAGCGGAUUCAUCCUGUCCAGAAAAUGAAAACGUACUUACCUCGUACAUCAUGAAAAGAAAAAAGAACUAUGCUGUAGAGGGGGGAACUAAAGAAGGAAUCCAUGCAAUUUUUCCACGAGUGGUGUUUCCAACUAAUUUACACAACAAAUUAUUCCAUAUACCAGUGUCUGAAUCUGUACAGAAUGAUCUUUCAGGAGAGGAAGAAUUUAAAAUUGUGAUUGACCAAAUUGGUAGAAAUCCAUGGUUUAUGUUUGGGUCUCAGAAACAUUGUGAUCUUCACCCUUACACUGUGGAAUAUAUUUGGAAGUAUGGUGAACAGUUACUGCCAUUUACGUUGAGUUUGAAUUCAGAGAGUGAAAUUUUUCAUUGGGUAGAGAAAUUUUCUAUCCGGUAUAAGCCACUUUCUCAGAUAUCUGAAACAGCAAGCGAGGAGCUGAGAAGAGAAAUCCAACUCAUCGAAGAAUCAGGGGAAGAGGAUUUAAGUGUGUAUAAUUCUUUGAAAUCUAAAUCACCUUUAAAUCAGAUUCCGAUGAGGAAGACCAAUGAAUAUUUUGACAGUCAACAGAAAGUCAAUUUCACUAUUCUGACACCGCAGUUUAUAAAUGUGAAGAAUGUCUUAGAACUAUUCGAUGAAGAAAUUUCCGAUGCUUACAAAUCCUGGUCUUCCAUAGGUUUUGCAUUGAAACUUUUAUGCCACUAUAGCGGUGGAUGUGAUAAUGACUACAAAGAAUUGUGGAUUGAAUUUUCAAAAAAGUCUCGCAAAUUUGAUCAGGAAGAAUGUGAGAAAGUCUGGGUUUCAUUUAAUCCCGAUAAAGGAAAUGUGUUCAUGGCCAAACGAAUCUUGAUGAAGUUUGCUAAUCAGAGGGGUACCACCAAAGACAGAAAUUUAAGAAAUCUUUUAUAGAUUGUGACAUAUUUUUUAAUUUCAUUAAUUUGAUGGCAAUCGGAUUCUUAAUGACUGGGAAAUAUUUUUUUAUUUUUGUUUGGUCAUUGAUGGCAAUUGGUUUCUUAAUGACUGGGAAUUUUUUUAAUUUUUUUUCGUUUAGUCAUAAUCUCAUUGAUGGCAAUCGGUUUCUUAAUGACUAAGUUAGCAGAUAAUGUGUUUGAUGUUUUUAAGAUAUGUCAUGAAGAAUAUGUUAAACUAAGUUAAAACUAAAGUGAAUCAAUUUUAAAGUUAUGGUGUACAUGAUUUUAACAAUAAAUACAUGUACAUUGUUUAA